AUGCAGACCUCCCGGGCUGUUUGCUCUCUCUGCCUCGUCGUCUUCUUCUUCCCGAUCGUCCUGCCCUCCGGACGCGGCUGGCAAGUGCUCAAGAACGACGCCACGGAGCUCGUGCCGGACUUUCCGGAGAAUACCGAGGUGCCCGAGGAGCAGGUCUUGGUCCAGAACGACACCGACACCCUGAACAACCGGGCGCAACAGCCAGGGGAGAGGCACCCCCAGGUCUCCCUGAACAGGAUGGAACCACUGGAGUUCAGCUGCCGGGAAGUGUAUUCCACUCGUUACAUCGCCAAUGGUCCGUGCCGCAGCAUCAAGCCGAUCCGGGAGCUGGUGUGUUCCGGGCAGUGCCUCCCGUCCCACCUCCUUCCCAACUCGAUCGGCAAAGGGAAAUGGUGGCGGCAGAACGCUCUGGAUUAUCGCUGCAUCCCCGCCCACAGCCGCUCCCAGCGCGUCCAGCUCGCCUGCCCUGGCGAGGACCUUCGGACUCUCAAGGUCAGGACCGUCACGGCUUGCAAAUGCAAACGGUACACCCGCUACCACAACCGUUCGCAGCUCAAAGACUUCAGCAAAGAGACUGCCCGGCCUCAGAAGAACAAAAAGGCGCGCUUCUCCAGAGCCAGGGGUAGUAAGGCCAAUCAGCCGGAGCUGGAGAACUCUUACUAGUAGUUGAGGGCCUGUGCAGAAGCGUAGAGAUGUGGCUGUUGUGGUUGUUUUUGGCUGACCCACCCUCCCUUUUUGAUGACUCCGCCAGGAUCAAAAUGGGACCAAGUGAGAGAGGAGGCCAGGCAGCCGCAGUAGUGGCCCCGGCUGGAGGUUCAGAGCAAAGCUCUCAGGUUCUCUCCUCGGGGCGGUCGGAUGAGAGAGGCGGGGG